AUGACAGAAGAAGGGGCUGUCAAAAAGUUUGGAUCGUUAGCCACACUGGAAGCGGUGAAGGCGAUCCAGGAGAAUUCGAAUGCAGCAGCAUCAGAUAAGAAAGCAGAGCGAAUGGAGGCAGAUCCUAUAGAAAGUCAACAUGAAGCUGAACUAUUGGCCGAAUUCGAGCGUAGAAGAAGAGCUCGAACGCUCACAUUACCAACUGAUGACGUACAAGUGAAGUUGAAACUGAGGAAACUAAACCAACCCAUAUGUUUGUUUGGAGAGGAUAUCCUGGAUCGCAGAGAGCGCCUUCGUGCUCUGCUAUCCACGAUGACAGAGGAUGAAGUAGCCGCUAUACUACACACCGAAGAGGGUUUCGUGGAAAAACCAGACGAAGAGACAACAACAUGGUAUCACCGUGGCCCUAUGGCUCUGCGAGCAGCUCGAGUCGCGAUUGCAGAUUUUUCGCUUCGCAGAGCGAAGGAGAGGCUUGCGCGCGCCCGUGAGAAUGCUGCACGACCACCCCACGAGAAGGCGCUUGCACGUCAGGAGGCUCAUAAAUGGAUCCAGCAACUGAAUCUCCACGCAUCUCAAGUAGCAGACAGCCGACCUGUAGCUUUCUGUGAAUUUUCACCAGAUUCAGAGCAUAUUGUUACUGCUGGAUGGUCAGGACAACCAUCUGUGUGGCGGAGAGACACGUGUGAACGAUUGAUACGUUAUGUCGGACAUCAGUCACAAGCCGGUUGUGCAAGAUUCCAUCCCCACGCAUAUGUAUCAGCUGAUCCAUCUUCAGUGAACGUAGCCAGUUGUGCACAUGACGGGACAGUCUACCUCUGGUCACUGGAUAGUGAAAAGCCCAUAGGCGAAUUAGAAAGACAUGAAUCUCGAGUCUCCAGACUCGCUUUCCACCCAAAUGGUCGACAUCUUGCUACAGCUUGCUAUGAUUCGUCUUGGCGGAUGUUUGAUGUGGAAACUGGUGAAGAUUUGUUGUUUCAGGAAGGACAUGCAAAGUCAGUAGCUGAUGUAGCAUUCCACCCUGAUGGUUCAGUAGCGCUCACAGGUGGAUUGGAUUGUUAUGGGCGCGUGUGGGAUUUACGAACCGGCAGGUGCAUCAUGUUCCUUGACGGCCACACAAAAGAGCUUUUCACUGUUGAAUGGCUUCCAAACGGGUAUGAGAUGGUGACGGGUAGUGCCGACAACACAAUGAAAGUAUGGGACCUACGAAUAAGAAAGAAUACGUACACAAUGCCUGCGCACUCUAGCGUUGUUUCAAAAGUAAAAGUCGACCACUUAGGACAAUACCUAGUUUCAGCAAGUUACGACAAUUCAUUAAAGAUCUGGUCAACCUCAGGAUGGCAGCCAUUGAGACAGUUGAAAGGACAUGAUACAAAGGUUAUGUGUGUUGAUAUCAGUCCAGACGGUAAAUGGAUGAUGUCAUCAGCGUUUGAUCGUACUUUUAAGCUGUGGACUCAAUCAGAAUACUGA